AUGAAGACUGCUGCGGAAGUAACGGCGGCAAGGACAGAGGGUUACCGGUACGACGAGACGGGAAUCGUAGACAUUGUGAACAUGAGCAUGGUGACACCGCACGUUGCAACAUUGCGGAUGACAGAUGGUGAAGCUGGUUCCGCCCACUAUGCGUCGCUGUACAAACUCUGGACGGACAUCGAUUGUGUAUCUUCCAUCUCUCUAAAUAGUGUCAACCCGGAAGAUAUGGAUGUCCAGGAACAAACUUCACAUCUACAACAUGAGCCCGAAGUCAGUGCCUUGACCAUGAACAUACAGCUCGGCCAGCUGGCAGAUCAGCCCCCUAACCUGGAGAAAGCGUUCACCUUCAAAAGAAUGUCAAAGUAUCAACAAAAGAGUUUGGAAACGUCUCUUACUGAUGGGCACACGUCGAGUUCAAAUUAA